AUGGUCAACUCUGAUAUCGACGAGACCUCGCUUGCGAUCUCGCCCAUCGAGCGACGCAACUCGCUGGAGAAGCACCUGCUGACACGCCCAGAUCCCCAUGAUUUGAAGGAAAGACACAUCUUGCUCGAUACAACUGUAGCUCCAUCCCUCCAAGCUGCUCACCAGGAGCUCGCCCGCCAGCGAACCUCCGACUCCCUGAAGAAGAACCUCGAACGUCGUCCUGAUCGUGACGAACUGGUUGAGCGAAACAUUCUCCCCUCUCUCGGCACGGCGCCGGCGUUGCAGGCCAAUGCGCUCGAGCUUGAAAAGCACAUGCGGGCCGAUAGCCUGGAGCACAAGAUCCAGAACAGACCACAGCCUGAGGAUUUGAUCUCGCAGGGCAUCUUGGCUGAGGAUGAGGAUCCUAGGGCGUAA